ACAAACACGUCUUUUACGCCAAAAGGCAAAAUCAAAACCGAGUCGCUGAGUUUCGAUUCCCUUCUCUCGCACUCCAUCGAAACUCAAAUCUCCUCCUUGACCCCGCAAACAUGAAGAAAGAAGACACCGUGAAGCUGAUCAGCGCCGAGGGCUUCGAAUUCGUCGUCCACAAAGACGCCGCCAUGGUCUCUCAGACCAUCCGCAACAUGCUCACAUCUCCCGGGGGUUUUGCUGAAACGGAACACGGUGAGGUGACGUUCCCUGAGAUCAGCACCACCAUUCUUGAGAAGAUCUGCAAGUAUUUUUAUUGGAAUCUUCAAUUCGCCAGUGGUAAGCAGACUGAGUUUCACAUUGAACCAGAACUGACCCUGGAGUUGAUGAUGGCAGCCAAUUAUCUUCAUACAUAGUAUAUCAUUUCUCCCUCGUGGGUGAUUGAACCCUAUUUGUAAUUGAUUAUCCAGGAGGAUGUAUGAGGAUAUGGUUGUACUCUGCUUGAAGACCUUAGGAAUUUCUAACUGGUGUCGAGCACCAGUAUUCUCUCCUAGUCUGCAAUGUAGUAUAUGUAUGAUGAGGUUCUUGCACUUGGACUCUUGGAAAACAGUGUGAGAUCCAUUGUAGUAAAAUUCAUUCAGUUGCAACUUAUAAGACUGUGAGAUUCUUCUAUUAACGUUAAUGAUUAGUCUUAAAGAGAAACAUAAUUAGAGUAGAUUUAUGCCCCACUGUAUUCUCAGAACUGAUGCUAGUCAACUGUGCUUGUUGGCAAGGAGACAGUGAAGUUACCCAUAAGUUCUUAAUAUUCUUGCAGAUAUAA